UUUAUUACUAUGUCUUAUCAAAUAAACAAAUCCUUUAAAAUUACGUACCCAAACACACUAGUACACUACCACGACGGUCCAACUACUCCAAUUCAUCAUUCGGCAAAACGCUGCUAUCUCCUCCGAAACUCAAAACACUGCUUUCUGUCAUCACAGAUAUCAAUUCCAGUUCAAAAAUGUCUGUUGCAAAUCCUAUAAGAAAGUUGAUUAAAUGCGUUAUUAUUGAUUUGGAUGGCACCUUGCUCAACACAGAUGGCAUAGUUUGCAACGUUUUGAAGGUUUCGUUAGGAAAAUAUGGUAAAGAGUGGGAUGGAAGAGAAACCCUUAAAAUUGUGGGGAAGACGCCUUUUGAAGCUGCUUCUGCUGUUGUUGAGGAUUAUGGACUUCCUUGCUCGCCAAUUCAAUUUAUUUCCGAGAUUUCGCCGCUAUUCUCUGAUCAGUGGUGUAAUAUUAAAGCACUUGCUGGUGCCAAUCGGUUGAUUAAACAUUUGAAAAGCAAUGGAGUUCCAAUGGUCUUAGCAUCAAACUCUCCAAGGGAAAGCAUUGAUGCCAAAAUAUCCUUUCACGACGGAUGGAAAGAUUCUUUCUCUGUCAUAAUUGGGGGAGACGAAGUUCGAGCAGGGAAACCUUCCCCUGACAUAUUCUUUGAAGCUGCUAGGAGGUUACACAUAGAGCCUUCCAGCUGUCUUGUGAUUGAAGACUCUUUACCUGGUGUUACUGCCGGUAAGACUGCUGAAAUGGAGGUGGUUGCUGUACCAUCACUCCCGAAACAGUCUCAUCUCUUUACUGCAGCAGAUGAGGUGAUAAAUUCCCUACUUGAUUUGCAACUUGAAAAGUGGGGUCUACCACCAUUUACCGAUUGGGUAGAGGGAACUUUGCCUGUAGAUCCUUGGUAUAUUGGUGGUCCUGUCAUCAAGGGAUUUGGCCGUGGGUCGAAAGUACUCGGGAUUCCUACAGCUAAUUUGUCAACAAAGGACUAUUCAGAUCUCCUUUCAGAGCAUCCUGCUGGAGUUUAUUUUGGUUGGGCUGGAUUAUCAGCAAGAGGUAUUUUUAAAAUGGUGAUGAGCAUUGGUUGGAAUCCAUAUUUCAGCAACAAAGAAAAGACUAUAGAACCAUGGUUGCUUCAUGAAUUCACCGAGGAUUUCUAUGGGGAAGAGCUGCGGCUGGUUAUAGUUGGUUACAUACGUCCUGAGGAAAAUUUUCCAUCUCUUGAAAGCUUGAUUGCCAAGAUUCAUGAAGAUCGCAGAGUUGCUGAGAGAGCUCUUGAUCUUCCCAUGUAUUCAAGUCAUAAGAAUGAUUCAUAUUUGAGAAGCUCAUAGUACUUAUUUUAUUAGCUUCUUAGGAAGAAACCUCUGCAUUUGUACUAGUGCCAAAAACAGUUUGGUUGUAUUAUUUCUUGUGAUUCUCAAUCACCACUCACCAUAACACAAAUUGAUUUGUAACAUACAUAAAUUAUCAUGAAAAACCACUAUUUCGCUUGCAAUAUUUGUCGUCCCUAUUGGGUAAUUAGAUCUAUUACAUCAAUGCAGCAGAGAGAUUGAAACAAGAUCUAUUGAAGACUAAUAGUUAGUUAAUUGUUAGAUAUUAGUUUGUUACUUAGUUUACAAGCAAUGUUAUGCUAUGUUAAAGUGUACAAUAAGUAGAGUAUGCAUUUGUAACUAUGUAUAAACUCUCUGUAUUGAUAAUUAUUAAUCAAAAGAAGAGUUUCUAUCA